AUGCUGUCUCGACAGGCAAUCCGCUCAAUUCGGGCUGCAGCUCCCCAGCGGACGUUUGCCCGGACCUAUGCCGCUGCCGCUGCCACCCAGGACGUGAAGCCCCCCGUCGCUGUCUACGGCCUUGACGGCACCUACGCCACUGCUCUGUACACGGCAGCCGUGAAGACCUCAUCCCUCGACCCGACCGCGAAGGCCCUGAGCUCCCUCGGCGAGCUCUGCCACAGAGACGCCAAGCUGAACUCCAUCCUGAACACACCGACGCUGACCGACGGCGACAAGAGCGCCAUCAUCGCCGAGCUGCAGAAGUCGAUGGGCGCCUCCGGCUCCAACGAGACCAUCAAGAACUUCCUCGACACGCUGGCCGAGAACAACCGCCUGGGGCUCCUGAACAACGUCUGCGAAAAGUUUGGCGAGCUCAUGAGCGCCUCCCGCGGCGAGCUCGAGAUGGUCGUUACUAGCGCCCAGCAAUUGGACAACAAGACGCUCUCGCGUCUCGAAUCCGCCGUCUCCAAGUCUCCGAUGGUCGGCCAGGGCAAGAAGCUGAAGGUGACGAACACGGUCAACCCAGACAUCGUCGGUGGCCUGGUUGUCGAGAUUGGCGACCGAACUAUCGACCUCUCCGUGUCCUCCAAGAUCGCCAAGAUGAACAAGCUCCUCAACGACACCCUGUAA